AUGAAGACCGAGGACCAAAACACUGAGGAGGCGGCGCGCCGCGCGCCUGCCACUCGCCGACAGGAAAAACCACCCUUUUCAUACAUAGCCCUUAUAGUUAUGGCAAUUCGCCACUCUCCAAAUAAACGUCUCACCCUUAGUGAAAUAUAUGCGUUCCUCCAACAGCAAUUUCCAUUUUUCCGCAGCUCUUAUCAAGGCUGGAAGAAUUCCGUGAGACAUAACCUCAGCUUGAACGAAUGUUUUGUUAAACUACCCAAGGGGCUCGGCAGGCCAGGAAAAGGGCAUUACUGGACCAUCGACCCCUCUUCAGAGUUUAUGUUCGAAGAAGGAUCUUUCCGGCGACGUCCGCGUGGCUUUCGUCGCAAAUGUCAAGCAUUAAAACCUCAGUUUGGAGGUGGCGGUUACCUGUGCGGAACCGGAGUUGGAGCUUUGCCUCCAUCACAGUCAGGAGGCUACGAGCUGGCAAGUGGUAGCGGUGCGGGCGCUAGCAGUACCACAGCUAUUGAUUACGGUGCUUGCGCUUACUCACAUUCAGGUUCAAGCCAGCAACUCAGUUACGGUGGAGAGUAUAGUGCGUACAGCAGCAUGGGGGAAAGAGAAUGGCCUCUUACCUAUGGCGCAGUCGAGCCGGUAUAUCGACCUCCGCCGGCUUCGCCACCUUCAAGACAUGACCUGCCCGACCUCAUACCCAACUACCAGUAUGCCGUCACCAAUGAACAUGGUGAGUCAUAUCGAUAUUAA